GCAUGCGCAGUAGCAGGAAGCUCUCUUGCCCUGCAGCUUGCAGGCGGGACAGGAGAAAGAGGAAUGUCAGCUUGUGGUCUUCAUGUAUAAUGGGGUGCAGGCCACAAGGGAAGGUGAGAGUCCCCUCCAUGAACACAGCUUGGAAAAAUAGAACGUAUCGCUCUAGAAUCUAAUUUCUUGCCUGCCCACCUGCACAGAGACCUCACUCAUUUCCUGGAGCAGUUCUUUGCCAAUCUUGCCUCUCUGUGCCCUUCUGUACCAACACUUAUUUGGAGAUGGCAUCAGAAGAGAAGGAGAGAGGCCAAGGGCACAGCAAAUGGGACUGGGGAUGCCUGGCCACCCGGGAGCGCCUAGAAGAGGUCUACCUCGGGGGCCAAAGCCGAGAAGAACGCAGCGAGUUCUGGGCCUUCUUUGAGCGGCUGGAGCGCUUCCGCAGCCUCAAGGCCACUCAACGUCCGACAGAGAAAGGCCACCGGGCGCCCAAGUCCGAAGUCAGCCCCGUAGCAGGGCUGCCACAGGAAUACGACUCCCGUUACCGUACCAACCUGUGGCUGCCCACAAAAGAGGUGUCUGGCUUGGACUCAGAACAGGUGCGGGCCUUCCGCUUGGCAUUGCUCCACUUCCUGGACUUCCGACAGAAACAAGGCUUCGCCCGCCUGGCCCGGUUGCAGCGGGAGCGGGCCGCUUUGCCCAUUGCCCGUUACAAAGACCGGUUGCUGAAGGCAGUGGCCAGUAGCCAGGUGGUGGUGGUGGCUGGGGACACCGGCUGCGGCAAAUCCACCCAAGUGCCACAGUACCUUCUGGAUGCCGGUUAUGCCCAUGUGGCCUGCACUCAGCCACGGCGCAUUGCCUGCAUUGCUUUGGCUAAGCGGGUGGCGUAUGAGAGCCUGCAGCAAUAUGGAGACCAGGUUGGUUACCAGAUCCGCUUUGAGAGCACACGCUCAUCUGCCACACGGAUUGUUUUCCUGACAGAAGGCCUGCUCCUGCGCCAGGCCCAGCGAGAGCCCACAUUGCCUGGCUACCGUGUGCUGAUUGCCGAUGAGGUCCAUGAGCGCCACCUCCAUUGUGACUUCCUCCUGGGUGUCCUCCGCCGCCUGCUGCCCGGCCGCCCUGACCUCAAGUUGGUGCUCAUGUCGGCCACCAUUAAUAUCCGGCUCUUUGCUGACUACUUUGGUGGCGCUCCAGUGGUACAGGUCCCAGGACGGCUCUUCCCCAUCACGGUUUUAUACGAACCUAUCCGUCCAGAGGAAAGUGCCAGUGGACGUAAAGAGCGGCUGGACCCUCGGCCUUACCUGCGUGUCCUCCAAGCCAUUGAUCACAAAUACCCUCCCGAGGAAAGAGGGGAUUUGCUCAUCUUCCUUAGCGGUGUGGCUGAGAUUGGGGCCGUGAUGGAGGCUGCGCAGACUUACGCCACUCACACUCAGCGCUGGGUGGUCCUUCCUCUUCACAGCACCCUCUCAGUGGCUGAGCAAGACAAGGUGUUUGACUUGCCCCCCCCAGGAGUCCGUAAAUGCAUCGUCUCCACCAACAUUGCUGAAACCUCUGUGACCAUCGAUGGUGUCCGGUUUGUUGUAGACUCAGGGAAGGUGAAGGAGCUCAGCUAUGACCCCAAAGCCAAGCUGCAGCGGUUACAGGAAUUCUGGAUCAGCUGCGCCAGUGCGGAGCAGCGCAAGGGCCGUGCGGGUCGGACAGGGCCUGGGGUCUGUUACCGGCUCUAUGCCGAGUCAGAUUAUGAUGCCUUCGCCCCUUACCCUGUGCCCGAGAUCCAGCGAGUGGCACUAGAUGCCUUGGUUCUUCAGAUGAAGAGCAUGGGUCUGGGUGACCCCCGGGCUUUCCCUUUCCUGGAGCCGCCCCCACCGGCCAGCUUGGAGACAGCUGUGGGCUAUCUGAAGCACCAAGGUGCCCUGGAUGCAGAGGAGAGCCUCACACCCAUCGGGAGUCUCCUGUCUGAGUUGCCAGUUGACGUUGUGAUUGGGAAGAUGUUGGUGCUGGGGACCCUCUUUGGCUUGGCGGCACCCACCCUGACAGCUGCCGCGGUGCUCAGCGUGCCCUCCCCUUUCCUGCGUAGUAGCAGUGGACGGAGUGACCCCGACUGUGCCACCGCCCGGCGUCCCCUGGAGAGCCCCUUGGGAGACCCCUUGACUCUGCUCAAUGUCUUCGACGCCUGGGUGCAGGAGAAAUCAGGCAAUCGGGGUGGAUCCCGUCGCUGGUGCCGUCGUCGAGGCCUGGAGGAACACCGUCUAUACGAAGCAGCAAAUCUUCGGCGCCAGUUCCAAGAACUGCUUCGGGACCAUCGGUUGCUGGAACCAGCCAGCCGGCCCAGAGACUCCUACACACGGCAGAGCCGCCACCGCCACCGGCAAGAGCUGCACAAGAUCAAGCGGGAACAUGAACAGGGAGAAGGACGCCGGCGCAAAGUGCUGCGGCUGCAGGAGGAGGAGGGUGGCUCUUCUUCAGGAGAUGAAGGCGAUGCCAAACGUGGGCCAGACAUCCAGGAUGUGAAGUUCCAGCUGCGGCACAAUGUGGAUGAGCUGCGGUCGGCAGCUUCCCUUGGCCAAGCCCUUUCACCCGGGCAGCUCUCCCUCUUGCAGCUGGUGCUGGGCCGUGGUCUCUACCCACAGCUGGCAGUCCCCGACCCUUACAACAAAACCCGCAAGGAUUCAGACCAGAUAUUCCACACCAAAGAGAAGGUGGGGGUUGUCCUUCACCCUACCAGUGUCUUCGCCAAUUCUCCUGAGUUGCUCCAGGGCUCUCAGGAAAGGGGCUUUGAGCACCAGGCUCAUAGAGAUGCUGCAAAGGAGGGACUCAGCAGCCGUCACCAAAUCCUGGCCUUUGUCUCACUGUUGGAAACCAAUAAGCCCUACUUGGUGAAUUGCCUCCGGCUACCAGCGUUGCAGGCCCUGCUGCUCUUGGCCCGCUCCCUUGACACCAGCGCCGACUGCACGCGCAUCGUGGCUGAUUCAUGGCUGGAGCUGCGGGUCCCUGCGGCAGAAAUGGCCCUACGGCUGCUUAGCAAAACCCUGCGGCUCCGUGCCUCCUGGGAGAAAGUCCUGGACCGGCAGCUGGAGAGCAGGGCACAUCGAGGCCAAGAUGAAGAGGAGGAUGAGGAGAGGCGGCCUAGCGCUCGAGAGGUUCACCGGCUCACACAGGAGCUGCUGGCGUUCCUGAAGACAGAGGUGCAGUACAGCCUUCGGCGCUUGACUCCCCUGGAGCAGCAGAACCUCUAUGUGGGGCCUCAGAUGGUGGCUGCAGGAGGAGAAGGUCUGUCUCAGCUCUUCCAAGGGGUGGAGAUGAUCCCGGAUGAGGUCAAGGGAGGCUACAGGGUCGGCGACUUCCUCACGUUCAAUUGCCUGGCGGGCGAAGGGGACCUUUACAGUGAGUGCCUACGCAGUUUCUGGACAUGUCCGCGUUGUGGCCUCUACAUGCCCUUUACUCCCCUGGAGCGGGUGGCCCAUGAAGACACUUGUCAAGUUCCAGAAACCGAGACUAGCCCUGGAGACCCUUCCGAUGAUGCAGCAGUGGCACCUACUCCUGGCUCUUCCUCCGCCUUGCAGCAACCGUACCACUGUGCCGUCUGCCAGCAGGACCUACUUCUCACGCCCACAGAGAUCCUGCGGCACCGGAAGCAGCACCAGACGGCACCCUCCUGAGAGUAACAAAGGGAGAGAGACACUGUUAUGGAAACCCAGGCAGGGUGCUUUUCCCAACCCAUCUGGAUGUCACUCUCCGGCUCUUCUUGGUUGGGGCUAAGACCAAUCUGGAUUGUUUUGGGAAUAGGGCACUGUGAAAAUGUGUCAGUGUUAUGUGUGUACAAGAAUGAAUAUCUGAAGCUGCCUGCUGUUUAUCAUUCCAGUGGGCCUUUGAUGGGAUGCCUCCUGCUGGGGCAAAACAUUUAGCUCAGACCUCUUCAAUCUGCGACCCUCCAGAUGCAUGGGUUUUUAACUCCCAGAAUUCCUGACCAUUGAACCAGCCUGAUUGAGCUGUUUUGAGUCCUCUUGGCUCUCCCGUCACCACUCCCGUUGGACCAGUGCCUUGCAGAAGCUUCCUCCUUCAGCUGGGUCUUUCUGGCAGUAGAGUCGUCUCUCCUGAUGCACUGUCUGAUUUUGGACACUGAGUGGCAGCCUUGCCACAUAUGGCAUUGGGCUUGAAGACAGGUACCUGCACUGUCUGCAGAUUCCUAGUGUUUAUGUUUUCGAUGGGGAGGGGAAAUUGUUAUUUUUCAAGCUGCAAGAGCAAAAAUGUGUUUGAUUGUAAUGGGUUUAUUCUGCGAGAAAUACUUGGAUCUUUCAAUUUGAUAUGUCCUCCAGUGUAACUUCUGGGGGAAGUGUGCCUGAAGGACCUAGAAAAUUCCUAUAGAUGUUAAUUUCUCCUCCUGGGUGAAUGGUUAGAAGGCAUUAUCAUCCAGUCUGCAGACGACAACAAAUUGGGAAGGAUAGCUAAUACUCCAGAAGAUAGCAGAAGAAUUCAAAACGAUCUUGACAGAUUAGAGAGAUGAUUGACCAAAACUAACAAAAUGAAGUUCAACAGGGAUAAAUGCAAGAUACUCCACUUAGGCAGAAAAAAUGAAAUGCAAAGAGACAGAAUAGGAGACGAUGCCUGGCUCGAUAGCAGGACGUGUGAAAAAGAUCUUGGAGUCCUCGUGGGGAGGAAGUUAAACAUGGGCCAACAAUAUCAUAAAAGGUAAUGGUUUCCAUGACAUGAAGUCCAGUCAUGUCCAACUCUGGGGUGUGGUGCUCAUCUCCAUUUCUAAGCCCAAGAGCCGGUGUUGUCUGUAGACACCUCCAUGACUGCAUGGAGCGCCAUUACUUUCCUGCCAAAGCGGUACAUAUUGAUCUACUCACAUUUGCAUAUUUUCGAACUGCUAGGUUGGGAGAAGCUGGGGCUAACAGCGGGAGGUCAUCCUGCUCCCCGGAUUCAAACCGGUGACCUUUCGGUCAGCAAGUUCAGCAGGUCAGCGGUUUAACCCACUGUGCCACCGGGGGCUCAACAAUGUCAUGAGGCAGCUAAAAAAUCCAAUGGGAUUUUGGCCUGCUUAAAUAGGAGUCUAGUGUCUAGAUCCAGGUGAAUCAUGCUACCCCUCUAUUUUGCCUUGUUCAGACCACACCUGGAAUCGUACUGUGUCCAGUUCUGGACACAGCAAUUGAAGUGAGUUGUUGACAAGCUGGAAUGUGUCCAGAGGAGGGCGACUAAAAUGAUCAAGGGUCUGGUGAACAAGCCCCAUGAGGAGCGGCUUAAAAAGCUGGGCAUGAUUAGCCUGCAGAAGAGAAGGCUGAGAGGAGACAUGAUGAGAGCCAUGGAUAAAUAUAUGAGGGGAAGUCAUAGGGAGGAGGGAGCAGGCUUGUUUUCUGCUGCCCUGGAGACUAGGAUGUGGAACAACGGCUUCAAACUACGGAAAAGGAGAACAUGAGGAAGGACUUCCUAACUGUGAAAGCCAUUCAGCAGUGGAACUCUCUGCCCCAGAGUGUGGUGAAGGCUUCUUCUUUGGGGGCUUUUAAACAGAGGCUGAAUGGCCAUCUGUCAGUGGUGCUUUGAAUGAGAUUUUCCUGCUUCUUGGCAAGAGGUUGGAUUGGAUGGCCCAUGAGGUCUCUUCCAACUCUAGAAUCUAUGAUUCUGUGGGUGGUUAAGAAAACCACGGAUAUAGGUUAUUGUACUUUAAAACAGUGCUAUCCAAGGAUGGUCCUUAACCCAUUGGAAAGAAAGAAAGAAACAGCUAUAGUCAAACAGCACAAAUUUAGUGCUGGGACACUGGAAAAUAAAGAUUGGCAGUCUUUCACGUCAGCCAGUCUGCUUUAAAACAAAUUGCACCAAUCCUCAUUGGGUUCCUGUGUUGAACUUUUUUUUCAUUCCACUUUUUCUCUUUUUGAGUCCCAUGGGAAGCAAUGGUUGAAAACUCUUGGAUUUUGCUGCCAAGGUGUGGAUUCUGGUCCUUGCACCAGUCUCACUUUGGUCCUGGAGGUGGCGAUGUUGCCAAGCCAGAACCAAAGCAUUUCCUUCCACUCGCCCAUCCCAAAGUAUCCUUCGAAAACAGCCGUGGUCAUUACGGUUAUUAUCAUCGUAAUAUUUAUUUAUGUUCCACCAUUUCCCCAGGCUGGGGGACACAAUGGAGCUUGCAAAACCUGAAAUGGAGACAGCUCAAACUUUACGUCACACCAAAGUUAUAAUUAGACUAUGAAAAGCACUUGAAAACCAAGCCCAUUAAAAAGCAUAAAAUAUGACAAAUAUGGCUGUUAUAACACAUUAUUAAAGGCCUUGAAGCAAUCAUUCCUCAAAAGACCUGAUGAAACAUUGCAAGAUGGAAUUCUGCCACAGCCAAGCCAUGAAUGAAUGUGAAACAUUGAGCACUAAGGCUCUACAAUAGGUGACUAUAUUUUUGUAUGUGGACUAUUUCAGCAAAAAAUACUAUUUUGUAAAAAAAGUAAUAAAAAUAUCCCUUUUGUUAGAUAUAAUAAA